AUGAGCGCUGAGACCCCCGAGCGUUUCGCCAUUGGUAUCUCCUUUGGCAACUCCUCCAGCUCGAUUGCCCGUCUUACUCCGGAGGGCAAGGCUGAGGUUAUCGCCAACGAAGAGGGAGACCGUCAAAUCCCUACUGUUCUCUCGUACGUCGAUGGAGAGGAAUUCCACGGUACUCAGGCCAAGGCACAGCUCGUUCGCAACUCGCAGAACACCGUUGCAUAUUUCAGAGACUACCUCGGCAAGGACUUCAAGUCGAUAGACCCCACACCCUGCCAACAGUCCGCCCACCCCCAACAGAAUGACUCGACUGUCGCUUUCACCGUCCGCGACACCGCCAGCGAGACCCCUAACACCCUCACUGUUUCCGAGAUUGCUACUCGCCACCUUCUUCGUCUGAAGAAGUCUGCCUCUGACUACCUCGGUAAGGAAGUCAACGCUGCCGUUAUCACAGUCCCUAGCGACUUCACAGAUGCUCAGCGUGAGGCCUUGAUCACUUCCGCCAAGGGUGCUGGCCUCGAGGUUCUCCAGCUCAUUCACGAGCCCGUCGCUGCCGCCCUGGCCUACGAUGCUAGACCCGAAGCCGUUGUGGCCGACAAGCUGGUCGUCGUUGCUGACCUUGGUGGUACCCGGUCCGACGUCUCUGUUCUUGCUUGCCGUGGAGGCAUGUACACGACCCUUGCUACCGCUCACGACUACGAAUUGGGUGGUUCCACUCUGGACAAGAUUGUCAUCGAUCACUUCGCCAAGGAAUUCAUUAAGAAGCACAAGAGUGACCCCCGCGAGGACGCCCGUGGUCUGGCCAAGUUGAAGCUGGAGGGUGAGGCUACAAAGCGUGCUCUCAGUCUCGGUACCAACGCUACCUUGAGCAUUGAGAGCUUGACGGAUGGUAUUGACUUCAGCUCUACCGUUAACCGGACGCGUUACGAGCUUCUGUCCGGCAAGGUGUUCGGCCAGUUCACCGCCCUGAUUGAGCAGGCUGUCAAGAAGGCUGACCUGGAUGUUCUGGACAUUGACGAGGUUAUCCUUUCCGGUGGUACCUCGCACACCCCCAAGAUCUCCCAGUUUAUCCGCAACGCUUUCCCCGAGAAGACUCGUGUCCUUGCUCCUGCGACAACCCCCACCGCCAUCAACCCCUCCGAGUUGGCCCCCAGAGGUGCCGCCAUCCAGGCCUCUUUGAUCUCCGAGUUCGAGACGGAAGACAUUGAGCAGUCCAUCCACCCCGCGGUCACCGUCACCCCUCACCUCCGCAACGCCAUCGGUGUUGAGUUCUCCUCGGGUGACAACCUUGAGUUCGCCCCUCUCUUGAACACCGAGACCGCCCUUCCCGCCCGCCGUGUCGCUCAGUACAACGCCCCUAAGGAGGGUGGAGAUGUCUUCGUGCGCGUCUGCGAAGGUGUCCGCGAGAUCAAGGUCACCAAGCCCGAACCCAAGGCCAAGGAGGAGAAGCCCGCCAAGACUGAGGAGGAUGACGACUCCGACUUCUCGGAUGAUGACGAAGAAGAGGAGACCCGCGAGGUCAUCUGGAAGACCGAGAAGCCUGUUGCUGAGCUUGCUGUCAAGGGCGUCAAGGCCAACGGCAAGAUUGAGCUCAUGGUCCAUGUCAACGCCGACCUGGGUCUGCAGAUCACCGCCCGGGAAGUUGGGGGCCAGAGUGCCGCCCGGGGUGCUGUUGAGGCUCCCAAGGCUUAA